AGGUCCAGCUUCACCUUAACAAAUAUGAAUUAAGUUUUAUCUCUUUUUACGCACUGAAUUAUAAGUUAUUAAAAAAAAAUAAUUCCUAUGUAUGAUUAGCAAUAAAGUAUGUAAGAACACCGACGUUAACAGUAGUCGUCUUGAAUAAGGAAAUUCCAAAGCUCACCCAAACAAACACAAACCCAAAGGCAAAAAAGAAAAAAAAAUCAAUCAUCCACGUUUCUGAGUUUCUGAGUUUUAAGAAUUCACAUCUUACUGUUCCGCAACCUCAACCCAUUUCUUCAACUACACUCAAAUUAAUCACUAGUCUUACUAUUUUGUUCCUCGAUUUCAAUUCUCCGCAUAAGUUUGGGAUUAGGGUUUUUCAAUUUCCAGAAACCGAUAAUUUCUCGUACAAAUGGUUGAACAAUCGGUGCUAUCAAUAACGAAUGAAGGUUCUGAUUCUUCUAGAAAAGUAUUAUCAAAGGGAUUCCUCGAUUGGGUUUUCCAGUGUCACGGGUUCUGGCACAAUGCUGUUUUGAUCAUCGCUUCGUUUCUCUUCGUUUUGUAUUUGGCACUUCAAGCUAAGAAGUGCUUUAUAAAGCUCUCCCAUGGCCGCUCUUACAUCAUUAUCUCUUAUUACGCUUCUCUCUGGCUUGUCAGCAUCCUCAAUCUCGCUUGGUGCUUUUCCCAGGUAUGGGAGUGCUCUCCUGGGAAAGAGCUCGCUUGGAACUUGUUAUCCUUGUUUACAUCUUCUGGAAUGCUGUUUCUGGAAGUGAGCUUGCUGGCUUUUUUACUUCAGGGGAAUAAUGCUAGUGGUGUAGAAGCUUUGACACGAACUUUUGGUAUAUCUGGUAUCAUUGUUGGUUUUGAUGUCUUGUUAAAGGCUAUAUAUCUGUUUGCGUUUGGGAUCCCAUUGUUCAUCGACACUGAUUACAGUACUCCUCGCGUGAAGUGGAACUUGUGGGUUGUCCACAAGCUGGUCCUGACUGUUGUUUAUGGGCUCAUAUUGUUCAUGUAUCAUUCUAGGUGGAGAGAAAGGAUACCCGCAAGACCUGCGUUCUACAAGUAUGUUAUUGUUAUGUUCAUCUUGAAUGCAAUUGCAUUGUUUGCUUGUGGGCUUACUGGAAACGGCGCUGCUUUUGGUUUCUGGUUUUAUCAUGUCACUGUUGUGUGUUACCAUGCCUUUUAUCUUCCACUGCUCUAUAUUACAUUUCUGGCAGACUUUUUUCAGGAGGAAGAUUUUCACAUGGAGAAUGUGUAUUACUCUGAAAUGAAAGAUGCUGGUUUCUUCGAAUCAGAUUGGGAGUGAUGUGGUAUUAAAUGUUAGAUUAGAUUAAUAAGUCCUCAAUUUAUUAAUUGCAGGCCAGGACAUACCUUUCACAAAAUAUGUAAAUAAAGUAAAUAUGUUUGUAGAUUGCUUUGUAUAACUUUAAUAUUUUUGGAAGAAAAAAAAGUUCGUAGAUAGUAACCUCCUUGAGUGUUUGAUGACCAGAUUACAAUCACCACAGGUUUCAGUAACAUUUGCAUGUUCUAUGAGGAUUUAUGUUAAA